AUUGAAGUCUUGAGAUUUCUAGUACUUAGUUUUGUAUUCUUACCCGUAGUUUUAGAAGAUAAGACCGUUACGCUACGCUAUAGCUGUAAAUUUUAAUACAAAAUACUAAAUAGAUUAAAUUUAAUGGGCCAAGGUUUUUUUAAAUCGAAUAUCAACAUUUUGGACCGUAUACAUAACUCUUAUGUGUUGUACACACUGUAACGUUUAUCAACCGCCGGCAUUCAAUUGUUAAUUAUUUUUUAUGCAAUACCCACCUAAUUCCAUUGAGGAUAUGACAUAAACUUGUGAAACGAUUAAAAAGAAUUGUCUGGAUUUUUGUCUUUUGGUUCUAGACUUUAGCAGGUCUAAUUUCAGCUACAACUACGUUAAUAAAUGUAUUAGUGACUAUAUACUAUAUAAUGACUAAUAAGGAAUAGUAUUUCUUUAUUUAAAGAUCUUUUCCAAUCUGUUUUGUCUAGACGUUUUUACUGUUUACAUUCUAUCCCAAAUUCUAAUUGAAUAUUAAUCAAUUUUCAAUCAUGUCGAUGCGUUAAAAAAAUAAAAACUGAGGAGUAAUAGAGAUAAAAUUAUUUCUUAGUGCACAAAGAUAAUUUUCAAUUUUUUUUUUUAUAAACAUUCUGUUUGCAAUACAACGAAAUUUAAAGUUCUCUUAGCGAAAUAGUUUUAGUGAAUUGUGUUGACCACUUAUCCAGUCACUCAGUGCGAUGGGUCGUAGGAAAAGUAAAAGAAAGCCGCCCGCGAAAAGGAAAGCCAUAGAACCUCUAGACACACAGUUCAACUGUCCGUUUUGCAAUCACGAAAAAUCUUGCGAAGUCAAAAUGGACAAAAGUCGAAACGUGGGAAAAGUGUAUUGUCGUGUUUGCCUUGAGUCGUUUCAAACGACUACAAGCUUUUUAUCAGAACCAGUCGACAUAUAUAAUGAUUGGGUAGACGCUUGUGAAGCAGCUAAUUGAUGAUGGGUGGCUACAGAAACAAGAAUAAAACAAUAAAUGGAAACUAAGCCAAAAACAUUUUUUAUUCUAACAUAUUAGUUUUUGUUU